AAAAGAAAGUAAAAUUCUGUAUAAGGCUAUAAAUGGAAAUGUAUCAAAAGUGAGAUAAAUUCUGUUAUCUUAUACAAAGAGAUUGGAAGAAUUUAAAAAAAACAGUGGAUCUGCUCUUCUGGCCUGCUGCCGUCUCUUUGGUCGGGAAAGAAGCAUAUCUUCAAUGGCGACGAUGACGACGACGACCUUGGCCGUGACGUCAGUAUCGCGCCAGCAAUUCAGAGUUUUGCGGGGUUUUUGCAUUACAAAUUUUCCGAAAUAUUCCCUAUCUAGCUGUGUUGCACUAAAUGGGAAGUAUCCUGUUGGAAUUAAAUUUGUAUGCAAGAGGUUGCUAAAUUGGUGUAGCCCCUCCAGUAGAUAUUUGGUCAGGCCCACAUGUGCCCUUGGUUCAGGUUUUCAAACAUCCCUAUCAGAUGACGCUUCCAUAACUGUUAAAGAUUCUGAGGUUACUCUUGUGUCUCAAGAUGAUAAAACAAUACAAGUCAGAGUUGAUUUGACAGGAAAAGACACACAAAUAAUUUUUGAUAAGAUUUUGAUAAGGUUGGGUCGUGAAGCACCACCAAUUCCUGGUUUUCGCAAGCAAAAAGGAGGGAAAAUGAAGAUUCCGAAGGAGUUCUUACUACAGAUGCUAGGCGAAGACCGAGUCACCAAUUUUGUAAUCCAGGAAAUAAUUACCUCAACCGUGGGCAAUUAUGUGACGGAGGAAAAGCUCGUUGUAAAGGAAAACAAGGUUACCACCACUCAGACUGCCAAAGAACUCAAAUCAUCAUUUGCACCCGGGAAUGCCUUUGGAUUUGAUGCUAUACUUGAGCUUGAAAAAUCAGCAGCAGACACACUCAUUGAUGUGUAAGCAUAUAUGUUGUUUUUGAGGUUCUUCUAGUGGUAGGCUAAGUGUCUUUCAAUUCCAGGCAAUUAGUCAGUCUGAUUCCAUAUCUCUAACCUCUUCAAAUGUACCCAAAAAAAAAGAUCUCAAACACGCGCUGGAUUGCAAACCCUGCAAGAACCAAUGAUUUAUUGCAUAGUAUAAAAGAGCAUGGAGGUUUAGCUUGUAUGAAUGUAUGAUCAUUGUUGCAUCUUCAAGAAAGAACAUAUGAUUUUCUUGCUUA